AUGGAAACUACAGAUGAAAUUGCCAUUGUGGGGAUUGGGUGCAAUUUUCCUGGAGGUGAAGGAAUUGAUAAUUUCUGGCAAGUGCUAGUAGAAGGCAGAAACUGUACUGUAGAAAUACCACCAGAGAGAUUUGAUUCCAUAGACUGGUACGAUCCAGACAACAGCAAACCAGGAAAAACAAGCACAAGGCAUGCAGCUUUAAUUGACGAGUUUAAUGCGUUUGAUAAUUUGCUUUUUGGAAUCAAUGAAAUGGAAGCAGGACGUAUGGAUCCCCAGCAGAAACUCCUUUUAGAAUGCACGUACAGAGCGCUGGAAGAUGCAGGAGUUACUAGAGAAGAUAUUAGCAACACGAAAACAGGAGUUUUUGUUGGUAUGAUGAAUCGAGACUAUGAGCAC